AUGAGUAACGCUUUCAUCGCCUUCGGCUUGUUUUCGUAUUGGGCUGCCUUCGGCCGGGUUGAAGCUGCGGCGAUACCGUCAUCCCUGUCCAGCGAAGAAAACGAUUUGACCAGAGAUGUCAACGACCUCCCGGCGUUGUUUGAAAGACACUGCAUUGGAAAGGUUCACUUCCUGAAGUACCCGAAGAAUGGAAACUGUGAGCAGCUGUCGACGCUGACCGGAGAAGCGGACGAGGAACAGAUCAGUGCCAAAGACCUAGAGGCUAGCACGUUCAUUCGCAACGUUAGCUGCCCGCAAGGAUGUGUUCGGCUAACGUUUCGGUUUCCAGAUGACUCCAGCGCUCUGUCAGACUUUUCCAGGCAACAGUUCAUUUUGCAACGCAUGAAAGCCACUCCUCCACCAAAGCUCUCUAACAUUCCGAACUGUAUGAUUUGUGGUCGUCAGGAAGUCAGGCCCUCAGUUUCGAGUUUGUCUCUGGACACCUGGCAGAAACGAAAUUUCCGAAUCAUUGGGGGUGACACCGCUGAACCUCACAGUUGGCCGUGGCAAGCGUCCUUACUCAUGAAAGGGCAUCACAUCUGUGGUGCGUCGGUCAUUAGCAAAAAUGCGGCACUCACUGCUGCCCAUUGCUUUCCCUCAAGGUACGGAGAUUUCACCCUCGCAGUUGAACGACAUUCUCUGUACACAGGAGGAAGAGUAUUGAAAAUAAUGAAGAUAAUAAUUCACGAAGGUUUCGAUGUCAUAUCGCAACGAAACGACAUUGCUUUGAUCCUGUUUGAAGAAUCAAUCGAAUUCAACGAACGCCUGCAGCCGAUUUGCCUACCUACGGAGGAAGUCGAGGACCGCAAGCCCUGCGUCGCUACUGGUUGGGGAGUGGUUGUUCCAACGAUUUUCCGUGAUGUUUGCAACGAUCAAUAUCAUUACUGGCAGAUGGUAGACAAAUCCAUGAUUUGCGCUGGUUAUGAAGAGGGAGGAAGAGACACCUGUCAAGGAGACAGUGGUGGUCCGUUAUCGUGCCUGAACAAAAAUGGCGAAUACGAACUGCAUGGAAUUACUAGCUGGGGUGAGGGAUGUGCAUCUCCGAAGAAACCCGGUGUUUAUACAAAUGUGCACAUGUUCAUCAAAUGGAUAAAAGAUAAUUUAUGGUCUCAUCAACUGCUAUCGUUGGACAACAGGUUGAGUAGCCACUACCGCAUCAUUGGUGGCUUUGAGGCAAGACCUAAUAGUUGGCCGUGGCAGAUCGCGCUGCUGUUCAUUAACAGACAGAUCUGCGGUGGUGUACUCGUCAGUAACGACUACGUUGUGACGGCUGCCCACUGCAUUGAAUACAAGAAUUUGCCUAGUUUGUACAAAGUGUUGAUUGGCCAGCAUAACCUGCAUAGCUCCAAAGAGAAUGUCGUGAAAGUAGAUCGAAUCUGGAAGUAUCCAGGCUACGGAAGACCCAUGCAAACGAGUAACGAUAUAGCCGUAUUGAAGCUGAAAGAAAAAUUGACCUUUAAUCAGAAGGUGAACAGCGUUUGUCUGGCAGAAAGGGACGUUGCUGACAACACCCAAUGUGUGGUUUCGGGCUGGGGACGGACUGACGAAUUAUGCGUGAAUCUUCUACACAGUGUUUUAGGAAACGACGGCAGUCGCUUACAACAGACCGUAGUGCCCAUCAUUAACAGCGGGAUAUGCAACGAUGGGCAGCACUACAACGGCGCCAUCGAUGACAGCAUGAUUUGUGCCGGCUACGAAAACGGUGGAAAGGAUGCUUGCCAAGGGGACAGUGGCGGUCCCCUGGUUUGCCCCGCAGACGAUGGUCGCUGGAUACUUUGCGGCAUUGUCAGCUGGGGAUACGGUUGUGCCAGACCUCAGAAGCCAGGUGUUUAUUCUCGUGUAUCAAAAUUUUCUAAAUGGAUCAUGAAAAUUAUAAAAGGCAACCGCAAAAAUUUAAUGACGGAAAGGCUGUUUUAG